CUUUAAAGAAAUGUCUUACAUUUCAAACUCCCAACCUGUCACUGUCCCGGAGCGGGUCGCGACCGGCGGAGGCCGGCCGUUUGACGCCAGAAACGAGAGCCCACCUGAGGCUCGCCUCCCCGCCUCACCGGCUCCUGCCUUAAUCCCGGAGGGAGAGAGGUCCCUCUCAGAGCCACACGAUGACCUGAAGCUUGCCACAGAAUACCUACAGCAGUAUUAUAACCUGAGAAAAGAACCUUAUGGGCGCCUUAAGCGGAGCUGGCCCUCAUUCAGCUCCAAGGUGAUGGACAUGCAAGUCUUCUUUGGGCUCAAUACGACAGGGGUCCUGGACUCAGAGACCCUUGAAGUGAUGAGGAGCCCUCGCUGUGGCGUUCCUGAUGUGGAGGACUAUAACCAUAGCCAAGGAACACACUGGAAGAAGAAUGUCAUCACCUACAGCAUUGGUAGGUACACUCGAGACUUGCCACGCAGAACUGUUGACUUUCUGGUUGAAUCAGCUCUCAGUCUUUGGGCCAGAGCCAGUGGACUGACCUUCGUCAGGCUGCACUCCCAUAAUGCUGACAUCAUGGUGGAGUUUGUCACUGAUGAACAUGGUGACUUAUAUCCAUUUGAUGGGCCCAGAGGUACACUGGCACAUGCUUUUGGUCCAGGGGAGGGCACUGGAGGAGAUGCACACUUUGAUGAUGAUGAGUAUUGGACAUCAGGAGACAAAGGUGUCAACCUGUAUGUGGUAGCUGCACAUGAAUUUGGCCAUUCCCUGGGCUUGAAGCACUCCAGAAACCCAGAAUCUUUGAUGUAUCCAACUUACAAUUCCCCUGAUUCACCCAAUUUACUAUCCACAGAGGACAUAGCAAAUAUUAACGCACUUUACGGUCCAAACAGAGGUCAUCCACAAUACUUUUCAAGAUAUGGCUGGACGUCGCAGUACAACCCCUGGCUGUCGGGUUCCCAGUAUCCCCGAUUAAUCCAGAACAAAUGUGCCCCGGAUCUCUCGUUUGAUGCUGUGUCCACCCUUGGGGAUGCCACCUUCUUCUUCAGAGAAAGGUAUCUCUGGAUCAAACAUAACGAGCAAUAUGACAUCAAAGAGGGCCCUAUCACCAACUUUAUGCCUAAGAUUGAAACCAGCAUUGAUGCUGCCUUCUGGGUUCCUCGUAGAUCCACUGCUUAUCUCAUCCAUGAAUCCAUGUUCUGGACAGUGAAAGGCUCUCUUGUGAGGGGCAAGCCUAAACCCCUCAGUCAUUUUGGUUUUCCAAUCUGGGUCCAAGAUGUGGAUGCAGCAGUGCACAUUGUAAAAACAGGACGCACACUAUUUUUUGUCCAUGACAUAUACUGGAGUUACAAUGAAAAAAGGAGAAUUAUGGAUUUUGGUUACCCAAAGUACAUCAGUGACGAUUUUCCAGGUAUCAACACAACAAUAAGUGCAGCUGUUCAUAAAGAAGGUUUCAUCUACUUUUUUGUUGGACCACAAGUCUACAAAUACGACUACACCCAGAAGCAUGUUGUUGGGGUGGAGAAAGCAAAUUCCUGGCUUGGAUGUUGAAAUAAUGUUUCCAUUGAAGCAAGAAAGAAAUAGAACCUGAUAAAAUUUACUACAUUAUUGAUGGUAUGCAAUGAAAAGAAACACUGUGCAUUUUCGUUUUGGUUCGCAGUUGUAUUUAUCUAUAAAGCCAAUAUCAUAUGAUGUUAAGACAAAAGAUAAUUUAAAGAGGGAAGUUAUAUGUGGUUUUAAAAUUAACACCCGAGUAAAAUAUUCCCAGCGCUGUAAUGUUGAUCAACUUCUGUGGUAAGUUUAUAUGAUUUUAUUUUUUUCCAUCAAAAAUGCCAUGUUUUAUUGCAAUGGUGGAGGCUGAUGUGCCAUACAGAGAAUGCAUUGCCUCAGCACUGGGAAUGGUCAUAUAUGAAAUGAACAGAUGAAA